AUGAACGCGGCAAAUGAAAUAUUUGCCAUCAAGCGCGUGUCGCUCGACAAAACAGAUGCAGAAACCAUGAAGGGCUACAUGAACGAGAUUGCCCUGCUGAAGCGUCUCGAGGGGAACAAUAGAAUCAUUCAGCUGUUUGACUCAGAGGUGAAGGGAGGACCGGGGGGAACGAAAGGACACUUGAUGCUCGUGAUGGAGUGCGGCGAAGUUGAUUUGGCGAAGCUGCUGCAAGAACAGCAGAAAGAACCGCUGAAUAUGGUUUGGGUAUCAUAUUACUGGCAACAGAUGCUGCAAGCUGUGCACGUAAUACACGAAGAGAAGAUCGUACACUCGGACUUGAAACCUGCGAACUUCGUGCUUGUUCGAGGGCAGUUGAAAUUAAUUGACUUUGGGAUUGCAAAUGCUAUUGCCAACGACACGACUAAUAUUCAGCGAGAUCAUCAGAUUGGUACCGUCAACUACAUGUCUCCGGAGGCCAUCGAACUGCCUGAUGGCAUGAGACGCCUGAAGGUCGGCCGACCAAGCGACGUAUGGUCACUUGGUUGCAUUCUUUACCAGAUGGUCUAUGGGCAGCCUCCCUUCCAACACCUUUCAGUUUACCAAAAAAUGAAGGCCAUUCCCGAUCUUGCUCACGUUAUCGACUUCCCCGAGUACAGCGUGCCCAGCAUAGUCAACAAGAAUGGAGAACGCAAAAAGCUCGAACAUCUGAAACGCCGUGUUAGGGCUGACGUCAUCCGCGGCAUGCGGAGCUGUUUAGCCCGGAAUCCAAAGGAAAGGGCAACUAUCCCAGAGCUUUUGGAGCAGGAGUGGUUAGCAUUGCGAGAACCUGAGGUACCCUCGGCGAAACCUUCGCUCGCGAGCGACGAGACUAUCAUUAAUCCAUACUAUAUGAAACAAUUGCUGGAAUAUGGUAUAAAACUCGGGAAGCAAUCUGGUAACAUCGAUCCGGAGAAUUUGGCCAAGGAGGCUGAGCGGCUCGUCCAAGAGCUCAAAGCACUUGAAACUUGA